GAAGAGGGGAAGGUUUAAGUUCGGUUCUCCUGCAGGCCAGCGGCGGCGCUAGCGAACGCUCCUCACCCGUCGAGCAGAGACGCGAUUGUUCUCUUCGCGGGUAGACCACAGAGCUGCUCCACCUGGCGAGUCUCGUAGCGCCUGGCCGGCUUCGCUUCCUUGGACGGCUCUCCGCCGGCGUGCUACCGCCCCUUCGCCGGAUCUCCUGGUCGAGUCCGCACCCGCGUCGGGAUUCGCCAAUACGCCGUCGUCAGCAUCACAGACAUAGUUGAGUUCCACACGCACCCGUUUUAUCUUCGCCGAGUCACCAUUCCAAUUCACCUGCGAACCUCGGGGAUAUCAGAUGGGUUUUGGGCAAGUUGUGAUCGGACCUCCAGGGUCUGGAAAGACCACCUACUGCAAUGGCAUGUCUCAAUUUCUCAAACUUAUUGGGAGAAAAGUGGUUGUUGUCAAUUUGGAUCCUGCAAAUGAUUUGGUACCAUAUGAAUGUGCCGUGAAUAUUGAUGAUCUAAUAAAACUCAGUGAUGUAAUGUCGGAGCAUUCUCUUGGUCCAAAUGGAGGUCUUGUCUACUGCAUGGAUUACUUGGAGAAGAACAUUGAUUGGUUAGAGUCCAAGCUGAAACCUUUUCUUGAUGACCACUACUUUCUAUUUGAUUUUCCUGGCCAGGUUGAGCUUUUCUCUCUUCAUUCAAAUGCAAAGAAUGUCAUCACUAAACUUGUACAUACAUUGGAUCUUCGGUUGACUGCCGUCCAUCUAGUUGAUGCUCAUCUAUGCUGUGACCCUGGGAAAUAUGUCAGCGCAUUGGUGCUUUCAUUAACAACCAUGUUACAUCUGGAUUUGCCACACAUAAAUGUCCUUUCCAAAAUUGAUCUGAUCGAGAACUAUGGAGAACUUGCUUAUAACCUGGAAUAUUAUAUGGAUGUUGAAGAUCUAUCCUACUUGCAGGAUCAUCUUGAUCAGGACCCUCGUUCGUCAAAAUACAGGAAGCUCACCAAGGAGCUAUGUGAUGUCAUCGAAGAUUUUGGCCUCGUCAACUUCUCAACAUUAGACAUUCAAGACAAAGAAAGUGUUGGUAAUCUUGUGAAGCAGAUAGACAAAAGCAAUGGAUAUAUAUUCAACGACAUACAGGGUAGUGUUGUGGAGUUUAGCAAAAUUGCAGUUGCGCCACUAGAUUGGGACUAUUACAGAACUGCUGCAGUCCAGGAGAAGCACAUGAAGGAUAAAUAGUUAUGCAGGUGGCAGAAAUGGCUAUCGGGCAGGGAGCUAGUGACGAGGCGACUCCCUUUGUAUCGGUUUAUCCACCCUGCUCUAUUACCUGCAAAUAGGAAAAAUCAAGCUUCAUCAGAAGACAAACUGUGAGUGAAAAAUUGUAUAUGCUUUGUCAAUCUAUGAAUUUAGUGAAGUAAUUUACUUUCUUUGAACAUAUCCUCACAACAAUAAAGCUAUCAGAAAAUCAGAUAUUCUAAUGUCUUC